UUUCGGGUUUCGUUCUCGAUAUUAGCAUAUAUUACACAUGUAGUUUCACAAUAGACUCGCCAUUUCGCACUAUAUUUUGGAGAAAUAAAACAAUUAUUAAAAAAAAAUAGGGUAGAAGAAUUUAUCGUCUCGAUAUCCAACCCUCACCAACCAGGCGCCAUCAUUCACGAUUUAGUGCUUCGCUGUUUCGCACGUUGCUUUUAGCAUUAAAAUUAAAUUAGCGUUUCUUUUGCGUGUUAAAAGUAUAUCAUCGGUUUUAAACCAUGCCGAAACGAAAAAGUGAUGAAGAUGAUUACGAUUAUCUUGAAAAACAGUUACGAAAAUUAAAACGUAGAAUUAAAAGUAGGCGUAACCGCCGUCGUGAUAGUUCUUUGUCUUCGUGUAGUGAUGGUGUUUCGCUUCAUGACCCGCGGGAAUGCGAAUCAAUCGCCAACGUUGACAAUGACGUCAUCGAACCCGAACCGGGGUGUUCCUAUUGGAACGAUUACUGGCCGGUACCGGACCCAAGCGACGGCGUCGAUGAUUUCGAAUACCCCGCGCCUGCCGCGGCCAACCCGCCGCCUCCCGUUGCCGCCGCCACCGCUGCCGCUGCCGCCGCCACCGCCGCCGCCGCCGUACCUGUACUUACUACCACCGCCGCAAUCUUGCCGUCCGCUGUCGUAGUUACCGGGCAGUCGCCUGCCCCUGCUUCAGUGCCGGCGCUCACCGCUGGCGCUAUACCUCCACUUGUUGAUGCUGCCGCGCUUUUAGAGGCACAGCAGCUGGCACAAGCAGCAGUUGAAACACCAAAUGCGACUAUUGACCGAGAUUUGUUAGCAAUACUAGGCGAAGACCCAACUGUCAUAAAAGAAUACGGUGACGAUAUACAGAGUGACCUGGCAAUCAGAUUAAAUCAUUUGGCCACUUCAGGUCUUACUAAAGAGAGCCGCGCAGAGAUUAAAGAUAAAUAUCUGAUCCCCGGAAAUUGUAAAAUGAUUAAGGCUCCAACUCUUAAUCCAGAGAUACGAGCAUCCUUGAUUGAAAGCCAGGCCAAACGUGACAAAGGUAUAGAAAAUAAGCAGGUUUUAAACUCCUGCGCUUUGUCGUCUCUCAGUAAAGCUAUCACACUUCUUAUUACAUCUGACAGCAAAAACCAGGAAGUCCUUAGAUUAUUAAUGGAUACAGCGCGAAUCUUAAGUGACAUACAACAUAGUAAUUCAAUGUUACGCAGAUUUUUUAUUCUGUCAACGGUGAAAAAAGAGCUGAAAGAUCAACUAGAGAAGACGAAAAUUGAAGAUUUACUUUUCGGCAGCAAUUUGGUGGAAACCUUGAAGUCAGCAAAAACUAUUAGUAAAACCGGGGCAGAUAUGAGGUCCUCUGGACCUACAAAUACUAAGGAUGCGGAGCCUAAACAAACAAAAAUGAUAAACAAGGCUUUAAACGGACGAGGCCCCCCUGCAAAUCGCAGACCGCAUGCAUCGGGGGGGACUCGGAACUGGCGGUCGGCGAAUCCAGCUGCGACUUCGAGGCAAACGACGCCGAGGCACCGCAGCCACUCGAGGACAUCGCCACGUCAUCAAUAUACACGUCACAGACGUUAGUCCUGGUAAUGCACGGUAAGCCUGCUAGGCGAUUUUCUCAUUUUCACCACGAGUGGACUACUAUCACUAACAACCCAGUCAUACUUGCUUUGAUAAAGGGUUCUGAAAAAUCUUUCACAUAACCAGUUAUUCAAACUGUCAUCCCCAAAGAAUCAACAUAGGUAUUCGCAA